AUGGCUGUGUCAAUGACUUCUCUACUGGCAGUUGCCUUUGUGGCUUUGGUGGUAUACAAGGGUAUUAUCUACCCUGCGUUUAUCUCGCCACUGGCUAAGAUUCCGAAUGCACACUGGAGCGUGCCUGUUUCUCCGGUGUGGAUGUUAUGGAGGCGUUUUCGGAUGCAGAAUAACCGGACGAUCCAGGCGGCGCAUGAGAGACUUGGUCCUAUUGUGAGAUUGGGUCCGUCUGAGAUCUCGGUGAACUGCGUCGAUGGUGGUAUCAAGUCUGUCUAUACGGGCGGUUUUGAGAAGCAUGACUGGUAUCCUCGGGUCUUUGGGUCACUUGGGACCGUGAGCAUGUUCACCAUGGUUGGAAGCAAGACCCAUUCUGUCCGCAAGAGGAUGCUAUCCAAUAUCUACUCCAAGUCAAUGCUACAGACAUCCCCCAACCUGCGAUUGGUCUCCAAGGCAGUCAUCCUGGACCGUCUACUACCCAUCUUGCAAGAAGCUGCGGAUUCGGGCAAGUCCCUUGAUGUGCACGACCUCAAUCAAGGGUUGACAAUGGACUUUGUCUCCUGUUACCUCUUCGGUCUUCAAAAUGGCACCAAUCACCUCCAAGAUCAUUCAUUUAGAAAACACUGGCUUCACAUGUAUUUGUGUCGAAAGCCAUUCGAGUUCUACCACCAGGAAAUGCCGUACCUGAACGGGUGGAUGAAGUGCCUGGGUCUUCGUGUGAUUCCGAAGUACUGCGAUGCAGCCAACGACAUGCUAGAUGCCUGGGCUCUGGAUCUUUGUGGCAAAGCUGAACAGUCUAUCAACUCGAGCGACCCGGCUGUGGAACCCAUUGUCUACAAGCAGUUGAAGCAGAGCCUGGACAAGCAAGCUGCCAAGGAGGGAGUCAAGCCCGAUCGAGCCCAGCAAUUGAACGAUAUCGCAUGCGAGAUGUACGACCAACUCACCGCGGGCUUUGAAACGAGCGCCGUGGGUCUUACAUACCUCCUCUGGCAACUAUCCCGAAACCCGGAGAUCCAAGAGCAGCUACGCAAGGAACUACUCACACUAGCCCCUCCCAUUCAUUUCCCAGGAUCAUCGGAAUUGCCACCCGCAAAAUCCAUCGAUAACCUGCCUUUGCUGGAAGCCAUCGUCACGGAAACACUCCGUCUUCACGCCCCGAUCCCCGGCAUUCAACCUCGAGUCACCCCUGAGCCUUCCUGCAGCUUAGCUGGAUAUGAGAAUAUUCCUGCAGGCACACGCGUCAAUGCGCAAGCCUACUCCCUACAUCGUAACCCGCAGGUCUUCCCAGACCCAGAGUCAUGGCAGCCGAAGCGCUGGCUGGAAGAAGAGAAUUCACUGGAAGAAUUGGAGGAGCGGCGCCGGUGGUUCUGGGCAUUUGGUAGUGGAGGCCGGAUGUGCGUGGGUAGUAAUCUCGCGCUGCAAGAAACGAAACUCGUCGCUGCGGCUAUUUACUCCAAUUUCCGCACGACUAUCGUUAACGAUGAUGAUAUCGAAGCUGUUGAUGCUUACACUGUCCAUCCCCGAGGAGAGAAACUGAUUCUGAAGUUCCAGAAAGUCUAG